AUGCCCUGCCACAACUACACCCUCGCAGACCUCACCAUCGACGCCAGCGCGCCUCAGGAGGAGAUCAACGCUCUCAUCGCCAAGAUGGGCGCCGUGGUCAUCAAGGGUCUCGUAAAGAAGGAUGCCGUCGACCAGAUGAACAAGGACUUUAAGCCCUACCUGGACGCUCUCGGUGUCGAGGGCAACGACGAGCA